CGCGCGCUGCUCGGACCCGCGCUUCGUGAUCGCCGCCAGAUCUCGGUACCGAAGUUCGAGGGAACGUGCGGACCAAUAGGGACGCACACACACACAGACGCUGUGACACUUACACUGACUUUCCAGACUUUUUUUUUUUUUUUUUUUUUUUUUUUUCCUCUGUCUGGAUCUGCAUCUCCAGCGGACAGGACAGAUUUAUUUCAGUGACCAUGAAAUGAAGCCAGAAAUCGGAGUGGAUUAGGAGCAGAAUUCUGUGAGGCCUGGGCUGCUUCCGUCCCACGGAUUUUUUUUUAUUAUUAUUAUUAUAAAGUGUGUUAUUUCUUGUGAAGUCAAUGUGGGCUUUGGAGCGUCUCUGGGUUGCCAGUCUGCGAUGAAACAUGGCGACCCGAUGGACGGGUCAUCCAGAUGAGGACGACCAUGAAAAACAAUCUGUUGGGGAGGUCGAGCGGAAAGAUGCGAGGAGGUGCAGUGAGGCGGAGCCGGCUGCGGCCGCGAGCGACUGGGAGGAGGAGCCCUUUUCGUGGGCGGGGCCCACCACCAUCCGACUGCCUCGUACCCCGCAGGGCUUCGGCUUCACGCUGCGCCACUUCAUCGUGUACCCGCCCGAAUCGGCCGUCAGCUCCUCCCUCAAGGAUGAAGACGGCAGCAGUGGAGGGAGACUGCGGAACCGGCUAGAGCCGAUGGACACAAUCUUUGUGAAGCAAGUGAAGGAAGGAGGCCCCGCCCACAUGGCAGGAUUGUGUACAGGGGACCGCAUUGUGAAGGUGAAUGGGGAGAGCAUCAUUGGGAAGACCUACUCACAAGUCAUUGCCUUGAUCCAGGACAGCGGCACGUUCCUCGAGCUCUGCGUGAUGCCCAAAGAUGAGGACAUCCUACAAUUGGCCUAUUCCCAGGAUGCCUACCUUAAAGGCAAUGAUGCGUACAGUGGACACGCCCACAACAUCCCGGACCCGCCCCCGGUGUGUUACGGUCGCGUAGACGCUCGAACCCCGGGCAUGGCCCAGGCGCCGGACUUGGGCCUGGCUGCUGGCGGGCAGGGGGGCCCCGCCGAGGGAUACCAUGCCGACAUCCCCGUGCCGCCUCCACCGCCUGUGAAGACCGACUCUGCCGAUCAGGGACUCCGCCCAGUCCGCCUGGGCCCCGCCCACAGGACCGAGUGCUGCCCAGAGGUAGCGCGUCCUGCGCUCGGCAAGACCAGAACCGCAAUGGCGUCAUCUUUGGCGGGUCAGUACCCUCCCCCUCGGCCGGCGGAUCAGGCGGCAGCGCUCUCCGCUGGGGGCAGCCUUCUCGGCUAUCACUACACGCCCCCCCCUCGGGGCUCCGGGCCCCCGGCGCACCAGAACAUCGACUGGCGCAACUACACCACCUAUAGGGAGUACAUCGACCACAAGGGGCUGCACGCCUAUGGCUCGCGCACCAUCCAGGAGCGACUGGACAGCAUGCGGGCCUCUUCGCGGGGCCAGAGUGACCGCGCUCAGCUGGUCUCCCGGGGGUCCCGUGCCACGGGGGUCCCGCAGGUUCGCCGCAGGAGUACGUCCCAUGACCGUGCGUACCACGUUCCCCCUGCGAUGCCCCUGCGUAGCUCCUCGCAGGAGCGCUUGGCGUCUGCCGAUUAUGCCGCCCGCAUGAACAACUGGCCCCGCAGCGCUUCGCAGGAUGGUUUCCCCUCCAGCCAGAGGGGGGCGCCUAAAACCAAGGCUCGCUCCUGCGACUACCUGGAGGAGGGUGAAGUGUCAGCUGGGCGGCUGGUGGACAGGCGAGGGUACGGGAGGGUGGACGUGAAGGACGGAGGCAUCUUGUACCCUGAUGGGGGGCGGCCCAGCCGGCUCUCGGUGUCCAUGAGAGUCCCGCCUCCAGCUCACAGGACUGUCCGCUAUGCGCCCAGAGGCCUGCACUUCCCCAAAGGCGCUCCGCAGAUGGUGGCCUCCAGAGCGGACAGCGCCGCCCUGCUGGCAGACAGGUCCAUGAGGCUGGGACGGAAUGUCUCCUUCCACGCUGACACAUCCAGGGACCAGAGGGUGUCGGUGAGCAACCACGUCGGCCACCAGCAGUCGCGUGUCCGGGCCGAAAGCAUGCGGGUGCCUAGCAGGGAGGCGGAGCUUGGUGCCAGGACCGCCUCCUGCUCUGCCUCCUCAAAGAGCCCUGUGACCAGGCAGCCAAGCAGCACUGCUUCGUCUACCAACGGUUCCACCUCCUUCGGUGUCAAGGAGCCCUCAUCGGAUAAGGCCACCCCGCCUCGCACUCUGGCCGUCGAGGGGGUGUCAGACACCGUGGUCCUCAGGGAAAAGUCUCCGUUGGCAAGGGUCGGGGCCCAGCCGCUGCGCCACCGCUCCUACCUGAUGGCCGUGAGCGAGCCCGAGAGCGAGGGCACUGCUGGCGCCACCUGCUGGCUGCCCAACGACGCACGCCGGGAGGUGCACAUGAAGCGCCUGGAUGAGCAGCUGCAGGCAUCCAGCUCCAGCAACUUGGACGAGUCACUCGACGCCAUCCCCUUCAUAGAUGAGCCAUCUAGCCCUAGCGCAGACCACGUCGCCGCCCACAUUCCCGCUUCCGCUGUGAUAUCAGUCACCUCAGCCGUAACCGCAGUGUCCCCCAGCCCAGCCUCCCCCUACCCGCUCAUACGACGGCAGCUGUCCCAUGACCAAGAUUCGCUACGAAACAGCGUCGAAGAGGCGCAGUCGGGCAGCAAGACGGAGCGGUCCAAGUCUUGUGACGAGGGGUUGGACAACUACAGGGACGAAGGGAGAGCGCGACCAUCGGUCAAGCACAGCCUCAGGGGCCUCAGGAAGGCUUUAGACGGGCACAAGUCCUCGGACGAUUCCGGAUCCAGGAGGGAUUCUUCCUCUGACAUCUUUAGCGACUCCUCCAAAGAGGGCUGGCUUCACUUCCGCCAGCUCGCCAUCGACAAGAGCAAGCGGGUGGGUGGAGGCAUCCGUCCCUGGAAGCAGAUGUACGCUGUGCUGCGAGGCCACUUCCUCUUUCUGUAUAAGGACAAGAGGGAGGGGCUGGCGCAGGGCUCCGCCCAGGCGGAAAACGAGCUGCAGCCAAUCGGCAUCAAGGCGUGUCUCAUCGACAUCUCGUACAGCGACACCAAGCGUAAGAACGUGCUUCGGCUCACCACGUCGGAUGGCGAGUACCUCUUCCAGGCGGAAGACCGCGAGGACAUGCUGUCCUGGAUCCGGGUCAUCCAGGAGAACGGCAGUGUGGACGAGGAGAGUGCAGGAGUCACGAGCCGAGACCUCAUCAGCCGGAAGAUCAAGGAGUACAACACCAUGAUGAGCCCGACCAGCGGCAAAACAGAGCCCUCCCCCAAAGUCUCCAGACAGUCUCUCAGCAUCCGCCAGACACUCCUGGGCGCCAAAGGGGAGGCCAAGGUGUCCGGUGGAGCUUUUCCAAAGCAGGACUCGGAGAGGAAGCUGCUCCACAGGGAUGACGUGAGCCCGCCCAAGGACAGGGCUGCCUGGCGGAAGAGCAUCCCCAUCCGCAUGAGGAAGAGCUCUGAGAAGAAGCCCACCCCGGGCGUCACGUUUGGCGUGCGGCUGGACGACUGCCCCCCUGCGCAGACCAAUCGGUUCGUGCCCCUCAUCGUGGAGGUAUGCUGCAAGCUGGUGGAGGAGCGUGGCCUCGAGUACACGGGCAUCUACCGCGUUCCCGGCAACAAUGCCGCCAUCUCCAGCAUGCAGGAGGAACUCAACAAGGGUCUCGAUGACAUCGACAUCCAGGACGACAAAUGGAGGGACCUCAACGUCAUUAGCAGCCUGCUCAAAUCCUUCUUCCGGAAACUUCCGGACCCUCUCUUUACAAACGAAAAGUAUUCCGAAUUUAUUGAGGCCAACAGAAUUGAGGAUCCGGUUGAGAGACUGAAGAUCCUCAAGAAGCUGCUCCACGAGCUGCCGGAGCACCAUUACGAAACGCUGAAAUUCCUCUCCGCGCAUCUCAAAACGGUGUCGGAAAACUGCGAGAAGAACAAGAUGGAGCCACGGAACUUAGCCAUUGUGUUCGGACCCACCCUGGUGAGAACGUCGGAGGACAACAUGACCCACAUGGUCACCCACAUGCCUGACCAGUACAGGAUCGUGGAGACCCUCAUCCAGCACUACGACUGGUUCUUCACCGAAGAUGGGGACAAAGAACCUACGACCGUGACCCAGCCAGAGAGUGCGGUCGAGUCCCAACCUGUGCCAAACAUUGACCACCUGCUGACCAACAUCGGCCGCACAGUCCCCUCCCCUGGAGAAGUAUCAGAUUCAGCCACUAGUGACUCAGCCAAGUCUAAGGGCUCCUGGGGGUCCUCCAAGGACCAGUACGGCAGGGAGCUUCUGCGCUCCUCUAUCUUUGCCAGCCGCAAGCGCAAGAAGGCCAAGGACAAGGCUCCACCCAGCAGCUCGGACGACGAUCUGGACGGCAUGCGGCCCCUGACGGAGCUCUGCACCCUGAGCAGCGACGCGUCCCGACUCCCAGACGCCGUGCCCGUGACAGGGGGCGGGGCGGAGGUCACGGUCGUUGGGGCCAGCAGCCAAAAAGGGGGCACGAGAGAGGGACAGAGGAAGGACAGAGAGCAAGUCGAAGAGGUGGGGUCCAAGGGCAAGAAGGACCAGAUCAACUUCCCGGCGAAAGAGGAAGCCCCGCCCAAUCCACCCUCCCCAUCCCUCAGCCCCAAGCCCACAGGCUCCCCCUCCCUCAAGUGCCACCUAGUACCGGUGCUGUCGGACCCCCCGUCGCAGUGCGAUGAGACCACUUCAGACCUUGGUACGAUGAACAGCACCAGCUCCCAGGCCUCGGUGCCCAGGAGUCGGCAAAAGAAGAGCGCCCCUCAUGUGGCGGCCGACGUGUGCUCCAUCACCUCGGACUACUCCACCACUUCUUCUAUGACUUUCCUGACGGGGCCCGAGGUGCAGUCGGUAGCCGAGAGUCGCGGUGACGAAGCGGAUGACGAGCGCAGUGAAUUAGUCAGUGACGGGCGGCUGGCUGAGACGGACAGCGAGAGCGAUUUCCCCGUGUUUGCCAGCAGGGGGCGCUCAGGGCCGGAUGGUGACCCCGAAGUGUCAUUGGCAGACCCGCAGCACCUCAGUCCCAUCCUCGCAUCCGGAGUGCAGAAGGUGAACAGCGAGUCAUCCCUAGAAGGGGGGUCGAACGACGUGGAUGCUGGCGGGCUGCCCCGGGGCCAGGAGGUGCAGAAGGGGCGGUCCACUGGGAGCCUGAGCUCCUCCUCCAGGAGUGAAUCAGAAAAGCAAGAGCCACCGUGGCGGCUAAGGAUCACGGACCGGCUCAAGGUUCGCCUGAGGACCUCGGCGGAUGACAUGUUCGGGGUUGGGACGCAGAAGACGAGGUCCUCAGAAUCACGGAAGAAUAAGGGCAUCCGCCGCAGACACACCAUGGGCGGGCAGCGUGAUUUUGCCGAACUGGGCGGGGUCUGUGACUGGAGGGGGCGUGGCCAAGAGGUGGAGCUCUCGGCCAUGGACAGGUUGAAGCCCAAGUGCAGCUCGCAGGACUUUUCCAUCCGGGACUGGAUUGCCCGGGAACGGUCUCGCUUCAGCAACCCGGAGGUGAGCCUGGGUGGGCCGGCUCCCAUGGGGCUCCUGGAUGAGCCCCGCCCCUUGGCCUCCCUGGGAGCGGAGCAGGUCAACGGGGAAGGUCCCGAGAGCCGGAGCUCGCUGAUGGACCCGGCAGUGGAUGGGAACCCUCACAAAUUGUCUGGGUCACACGUGGUUCGCUCCAGAUUUUAUCAGUACCUGUAACCCAGGGACGUGCAUUUGUAUCUUCGUGGGCGUGCAUCAGAAUCAGUGACCGUUACUGCACAUAAGUGUUUAUUUUUGUUACGUGCACUCAACAAGGUUAUAACUGCAGCGUCUGGAUGGAAAGCUGCAGUCAUGCCACCUUUCACACCGCGCGGGGAGCCAACGACGAGUGGCUGGGUGUCACCAUACUUGAAACAGGAAGUUUGCGGAGUCGCUGAGUGGUGAAGCCUGUAAUCGGUGGACUUGUCGGGCCACGGUGUCAGUAUUACCGAAGAAGGAUUUGCUUUUAAAAAACCCUUUUCUACCCUUUUAUAGGGUCAAGUGGGGUGUGACUAGGAGGCCGGGCCUAUGGUUUCGCAUCGCCCCCACACCUCCCCAAAGAAUGUAUGAGCUUACUGCAAAACAGGCUGAUCAGCUCCUCGAGAUCCUCAAUUUCAACGCGUGUGUGCGUGCGCGUGCGUGUACUCGGUUGCUGAAGUGUGCCAUUGGCUGUGCGGAGGCGCGCGGCUCAUUUCCGCAAGUCAGCUGCGGGGGCGCCAUGAGCAGCAGCUGUGACGCAUGAAAAACACGCUUUCAUAUCAUUUUACGAUGGGGGAAGCGAGCGGUGAACCCCCCAGCUCGGUUUACGAAGUUGUGACCGUGAGCUCGUUCUCCACUGGAAUCGGAAGGAAGUUGGAGGGAAAGUUGAACCGGCCGAUCUUCUAGCAAAGGAAAGUGCCUCCCGUUUAAUUGGCUCGUGGUUGUUUCGGUGCCAUGUCUGCCCAUUGUGAAAAUAUAUAAAAUUGUACUGUGAAUGAAAGAAUUUUAACUGAAUCAUCCCGUGAUCACGAACAGAAAAUUUCUUGAGCUUCCGUUCUAUAGGCAUUCCACCCAGGUAACUGUUUUAUAACGAUAGAAAAAAUACUUUUUUGGAUUUUACUGGAUCUUAGAUUUUAAAUAUUGCUGUAAAGUAACUUAAAUGUAUAUAUUUCGUGUUUAGCUGCUCCGUUUUUUCCUUGUCCUUUCUGUCGACAGCUGCCCGUGUGCGUGUCACACAGGUGUGCAGGUUAGGGGACCCUGGUGGGAACGGAGCCCUCGAUGGUCGUUCUCGCCUGUGGACCUGCAUGAUAAGAUUCUUCCGGAACACCAGGCCUCUGUUCCACGCUGUGUAUGGCUAUGCAGGGGUCUGGGCUCGUAAAACACUGGAAAUAAAACCUUUGUCAUUGUGCCUGUCGUGUUCUUUUAUACAUACAGAGGAUGUGCACAAAUCUGUUUUUGACGCACUACUUUACACUUGUUUAACUGACACUUUUCUCCAAAGCA